UGCUCUGCAACUCUGAAGUGCUCUGCAACUCUGAAGUGCUCUGCAACUCUGAAGUGCUCUGCAACUCUGCNGCCAAGCUUAGAUCUGUUACACUUAAGAUCGCCUUACAGAUCAACUGCAAGCUUGGUGGGGAGCUGUGGGCGCUCAAGAUACCCAUGCAGGGACUCAUGGUGUGCGGCAUCGACGUGUACCACGACCCGACAAGACGAGGCAGCUCCGUGGCAAGCUUCGUCUCCUCCACCAACGUCACCCUCACCAAGUGGUUCAGUCGCGCCUCCUUCCAGAACCCCGGCGACGAGAUCGUCAACGGCCUCAGAACUUCGUUCUUAGCCGCGCUCAAGAAUUACCACGAGGUGAACGCUCAGCUGCCCAAAAGCAUCAUCGUGUACCGUGAUGGCGUCAGUGAUGGGCAGCUCUCCCUGGUCCAGGAAGUCGAGCUCCCGCAACUGGC